AUGGCAGGACCCGGCCGUGACGCAGGCGAGGACCCGGCUGCUGCAGUGAUGCUGUCGCAGCAGAGAGCAGGGGAAGGGACCACUUUUAGCCUCAAGUGCAUUAAGGAUAAGAAGGUUCCCAUUGGGGUCACUGUGGUCGUGGCCGCGCUGCUUCUGGCCAUCAUUGCGCUGGCGGUGAAGAAGUUCCCCUCCUGCCCCGCCUGCCCCUCUCCCAACCAUUCCAGCUGCCUGGAAAACGGGAUCGGCUACAGGGAGAAGUGCUUUUACUUCGUGGAGGACGAAGCGGAGUGGAACAGGAGCGAGACCUUCUGCCGGUCCCUCGGAGCCCAUUUGGCCACCAUCGACACGUGGCAGGAGCUGCGUUUCCUCUUGCGCUACGGGGGCUCCUUGCACUACUGGAUCGGGCUCCGGAGGGAAGGAUCCGCACCUUGGACGUGGUUCAAUGGGUCUCUCUUCAACAACUCGUUCCAAAUCCGGGGUCGGGGACAAUGCGCCUUCGUCAACGGAGACGGGAUCAGCAGCGACUGGUGCUCCCUGAUGAAAUACUCCGUGUGCAGCCACCCCCAGACGCGUCCCACUGGGAGCCGGCGGGAUCCCGAAGUCUGGAAUCUCACCUGAAAACCCCCUGUGGGCCGAGGAGCUGCCAUUGACCCGCAGACACCCUCCUGCUGGGUCACAGCUACUCCAGGUUUAGUUUCCUCGUGGUUCUUUGGUGGCUUUGAAGGAGUGGAGAAACAAAAGGGAAUUGCAUGGGAGAAGAUCCCGGCUUGGCCAAGGAGCCCCUGGGAUGUGCUUUGGGAAUCGCCCGGCUCUGAGCCUUGUCCUGGUUUUCCUUGUGAGUUUUCCUCUAGUUUUAAUCCCUGUGGCCCCUUCCUGGCAACUCCAGAAUGUGGGAAUGGGGCUGAUCCCUCCAGAUCCGCUUCCAUGGGACCCAGCACCAUGACACCCAUCACCGUGGCCUCACGCACGUGGACACUGUGCUCCCUAUAACAAGAUUUACCCCAUUCCGGGUGUUUUCCCCCCAGAACCUGAGCCCAGCUGCCACCAUGGGCAGGUUCCUCCCAUUUGCUUCCUGGUUUUCCAGCUGUGUCCAUAAUACAUGUGUUUCUCCUCCCCAGAGCCCUACAUGGGAGCUGCUUGGUCUAAUAAAUACUAGUUCUAUCCAAACCUGCCUC